AUGGAGGUCCAGCAGAAGCAGUUGGGGAGUUUGACAAAUCUACUGGCAGAGGCAAGCAGGUUCUACCGCAGAGCAUAUAAUGAACUGUUCUCAGGUGUAACUACUGAGCAGGAGCCUGAAUCAUCGACUAAUACUCCUGAGUAUAUGCUUUUUGGGUGGCAUCUCUUCUUAAUGCUUCGUUCGAGAUCACCAGAAUUGUUCAAGGACCUGGUGUCCUGCAUCCAUGGAUUAGUUGCUGUGUUGGCCAUACUUUUGAUCCACGUGCCAGUUAAAUUUAGGAGCUUCACGGUUGAAGGCUCUUCUCACUUAAUCAAACAAACUGAGAAAGGCGUGGAUCUUAUUGCUUCGUUAUGCCAUAAUUAUCAUGCCUCUGAAGAACGUUUGAAAGAAAUGAUGGACAAGUCUCACAAGGCAAUAGAAGACGUUUUCGGCAUGAAAGCACUAAAUGCUUCAGAGUGCAAAACAGAAAAUUUGGAUAAGAUAGACACAGAUGGCCUGAUGUAUUUCAAAGGUCUCAUUGAUAUGGAGUCUUUCCAAUCUAAUCUGGAAAAAAUGGAGAAACUAUGUAAUUCUAAUAGCUGUGAAGGGGAGCUUGAUUUUAAAUUAAUUUUGAUUAAUAAUGAUUAUAUCCCCUGUGCUGAGAACUCGUCUGGGGAAUCCACCAAUUUAGGACGUUCAAAGUGUGUCUUUGAAAUAUUGGCAUCCCCCACAAAGACAAUAAAGAACAUGCUGACUGUUCCUAGUUCCCCUUUGUCACCCGUCACCGGUGGUUCAGUCAAGAUUGUGCAAAUGACACCAGUAACUUCUGCCAUGACGACAGCUAAGUGGCUUCGUGAGGUGAUAUCUUCAUUGCCAGAGAAGCCUUCAUCUAAGCUUCAGCAGUUGCUGUCAUCAUGCGAUAGGGAUUUGACAAAUGCUAUCACAGAAAGGGUCAGCAUAGUUUUGGAAGCAAUUUUUCCAACCAAGUCUUCUACUGAUGGGGGUGGCUCAUUAGUCCUCAAUUGUGCAAAUGGCUUUGAUAUUCCAUGGGCAGAAGCCAGAAAAAUGGAGGCUUCCAAGUUGUACUAUAGGGUAUUAGAGGCAAUCUGCAGAGCUGAGUUACCAAACAGCGAUGUAAAUAAUCUAACUCCAUUGCUGUCAAAUGAGUGUUUUCACCGAUGUUUGAUUGCAUGUUCAGCGGAGCUAGUGUUGACGACACAUAAGUCAGUCUUCAUGAUGUUUCCUGCUGUUCUUGAGAGUACGGGUCUAACUGCAUUUGAUUUGAGCAAAAUAAUUGAGAGCUUUGUGAGACAUGAAGAGACCCUCCCAAGACAAUUGAAAAGACACCUAAAUUUCUUAGAAGAACAGCUUUUGGAAAGCAUGGUAUGGGAGAAAGGUUCAUCAUUGUAUAACUCACUGAUUGUUGCCAGGCCAUCUCUCGCUUCAGAAAUAAAAUACCUUGGUCUUUUGGCUGAACCAAUGCCAUCUCUUGAUGACUUAGUGGCAAGGCAGAAUAUUCAUGUUGAGGGCUUGCCUGCUACACCAUCUAAAAAACGUGCUGCUGGUCCAGAUGACAACGCUGAUCCUCGGUCACCAAAGAGAUUGUGCAAUGAAUCUAGGAACACAGUGGUAGAGCGCAAUUUGCAGACACCUCCACCCAAGCAAAGCCACAUGGUGUCGACUAGUUUGAAAGCAAAAUGCCAUCCACUUGAGUCCACAUUUGCAAGUCCAACUGUCAGUAAUCCUGUUGGUGGGAAUGAAAAAUGUGCUGACGUGACAAUUCAGAUAUUUUUUUCCAAAAUUCUGAAGUUGGCUGCUGUUAGAAUAAGAAACUUGUGUGAAAGGGUUCAACAUGUGGAACUGACAGAGCAUGUCUAUAAUGUCUUCAAUCAGAUUCUUGAUCAACAGACAACAUUAUUUUUUAAUAGACACAUCGAUCAACUUAUCCUUUGCUGUCUUUAUGGUGUUGCAAAGGCUUGUAAAUUAGAACUCUCAUUCAAGGAGUUACUCAACUAUUACAGAAAAGAAGCACAAUGUAAACCAGAAGUUUUUCAAAAUAUCUAUAUUGGGAGUAGGAAUAGUAAUGACGUAUUAGUAUCACACCAUGUUGGUAUCAUUAGUUUUUACAACGCGGUGUUUGUUCCAGCAGCCAAGCCUUUCCUGGUGUCACUAAUAUCAUCUGGUACUUGUCCAGAAGACAAGAAGAAUGCUAGUGGCCAAAUUCCUGGAUCACCCAAGCCAUCUCCUCUCCCAAAUAAUUUACCAGAUAUGUCCCCGAAGAAAGUUUCAGCAUCUCAUAAUGUAUAUGUGUCUCCUUUGCGGCAAACCAAGAUGGAUUCACUUCUGUCACCAAGUUCCAGGAGUUUUUAUGCAUGCAUUGGUGAAGGCACCCAUGCUUAUCAGAGCCCAUCUAAAGAUUUGGCUGCUAUAAAUAGCCGCCUAAAUUAUAGCGGCCGGAGAGUAAACAGUCGAUUAAACUUCGACAUGGUGAGCGACUCAGUGGUAGCUGGUAGUCUGGGCCAGCCAAAUGGUGGUUCUACCUCCUUCGAUCCUGCAGCUGCAUUUGGCCCCCUUUCAAAGAAGAGAAAGCCAGAUACUUGA